AAAGCUCACACAAUCCCUAACUCUAACCUAUUAUUUCAAUUUCUUUGCCAGCUUCACAUUUAGGAUUUUACUUGCAGCUGACGAACGCUUGAUUUCUUUUUAGAAUGGCGGCCACAGCAACUGCUAAAUCAUUGGCGUUGCUGGACACAGAGAACCGCGAGGUUCUCAAAAGUUGGGAUGCCAUCUUUACUCAUGGCAACACUGAUCCAGUCGGUCCUCUUGAGCCACUGGCCUUCAACGGCUUUGGACUCGGUCACGUCUCGGCCAAAGACCACCAUAAACCAAAAACGGACGAAGACGAAUCAGCUAAGGCGGAUUUCGGUGGUGCAAAAACGUCAGUUUGGUGGGACAUUGAGAACUGCGAGGUUCCAAAGGGUUGUGACCCCCAUGGUGUUGUUCAGAGCAUUAGAUCGAUGCUGUUGAAAAGGAACUACUGUGGUCCGCUCACUAUUUAUGCAUAUGGUGACACAAAUCAAAUCCCUUCCUCUGUACAACAAGCUCUCUCUUCCACCGGCGUAUCUCUCAAUCACGUCCCUGCCGGAGUAAAAGACGGGAGUGACAAGAAGCUCCUUGUAGACAUCGUGUUGUGGGCAAUGGAAAACCAAGCUCCUGCUAACAUAAUGCUCAUCUCUGGUGAUAAAGACUUCUCUUAUCUUCUUCACAAACUAGGUAUGAAGAGGUAUAACAUUCUGCUGGCUCGACCUGAGAAAGCGUCAAUGCCACUCAUCGCUGCUGCAAAGACCGUAUGGUUAUGGUCAAGCAUUGUUAAUGGGGAUCGUCCUAACAGACCUAUUGACAUUGGAAGUCAUCAUGAUUCUGGCUCUGAGGUAUUAAGACAUUUGGGUCCUAAACAAGCUCAAGGGACCAAGAGGUGCCGGAGUUUCUGUGAAUUAUGCAAUGUUUUUUGCUCAAACCAUGAUUUAACCGCUCACCUCUCUGGUAAAAGGCACAGAACUAACGUUAUGCUAGUAGCCCGUGGACGCCCUCUUGUCAGUAACUCAAUCGAACCAAAGUUUGCAAGGUGCCGAGAUUGCCGUAUGAGUUUCCGCAGCCAAGCAAGGGCUAAAACGCAGAGGGACAUGAACGGCUUCGCACAUAAUGAUUCCAUUCAGCAUCCACUGCCGUUCAAUGGCGUUGGGCUCAAGUAUCAAAGUACGUCGGCAACAACGGAGGCAGAAUUCGCAACGGCAAAAACGUCAGUGUGGUGGGACUUUGAGAAUUGCAAUGUACCUAAAGGUUGUGACGGCCAUGCAAUUGCUCAGAACAUUAAAUCGGCUCUGUUGAAAAGGAACUACUGUGGUCCGCUCACUAUUUAUGCUUAUGGCGACACCAAUAAGAUCCCUUCCUCUGUUCAGCAGGCUCUCUCCCCCACCGCCUUAUCGCUCAUUCACGUCCCUCCUGGAGUGAAAGACGGUAGCGACAAGAAGAUCCUUGUAGACAUGUUAUUGUGGGCAAUGGAAAACCAAGCUCCAGCUAAUAUAAUGCUCAUAUCCGGUGAUAGAGACUUUGCUUAUGUUCUUCACCAACUAGGGAUGAAGAAGUACAACAUUCUUUUGGCACGACCUGAGAACGCAUCUCCCUUUUUAAUUGCGGCUGCAAAGAUAGAAUGGUUAUGGACAAACAUAGUUGUAACUGGAUCUGCCUCUAAGGUUCCAAAUGAACAAGCUCAGCCCAGCGAAAAGAACCAAAGAUACUGCGAGAAAUGCAAUGUUACUUGCACAAUCUUGAUUGAUUUUAACUCUCACCUCUCUAGUAAAAAGCACAAGAAAAAGUGCGCUAAUGUCAUUGGUGUAACCAAACUCAAAGCGAAACCAAAAGCAUUGUGCUGUAAGCUUUGCCAGCAAGCUCCGAUCUUCCACGACGGUAGAGAGAGGAGAAAAAGAUCAAUUUUUGGUUCACUUUUGCUUCAGAACAAGUGUGCUUUCUUCUCUCUAAAAUCUCCGGCGAUGUCCACGGCGGAGGCGGAUUACGUGAAGGCCAAAACAUCGGUGUGGUGGGAUAUAGAGAAUUGUGAGGUACCCAGAGGCUGGGAUGCUCACGUGAUUGCCCUAAAUGUGAGUUCGGCUUUGUUGAAGAUGAAUUAUUGUGGACCUGUCUCAAUUUCUGCUUAUGGCGAUACCAAUCUCAUCCCUCUCCAUCAUCAACAAGCGCUUUCUUCUACUGGUGUUGCGCUUAAUCACAUUCCUGCAGGAGUAAAAGAUGCGAGCGAUAAGAAGAUUUUGGUGGAUAUGUUAUUGUGGGCGAUAGACAACCCUGCGCCAGCGAAUUUCUUGCUUAUCUCUGGUGACAGAGACUUCUCUAACGCUCUCCACCAGCUAAGAAUGAGGAGGUAUAACAUUCUUUUGGCUCAACCUCCACGGGCCUCUGUGCCGCUUGUUGCUGCUGCUAAAGAUGUAUGGCUCUGGACAACCCUAGCAUCUGGAGGUCCUCCUCUUACAAGUUGUGAAUCCUCUCUACUCUUUAACAAUGGGAGUAUACAUGUCUCUAAUAAAGCUCAGGCCAGCCAACCACAUGGUUCAACUUCUAACGCUGGUGAUACUAAGGAUCAAAAAACCAGAGGAUUGCCUCAGGAGAUGAUAAAAAAUAUGCCUCAGAAUAGCAGAGGAGCCACCGGUGAAUCCUCUCGACUCGUCAACAAUGGACUUUGUCAUGUCCCUAAUUAUGAAGUGUCAAAGUAUCCAGUUUCUGAACCAGCUAAGUCCAGCAAACCAACUGAAUCAAAUUCUGACUCUGGAGAUACUAAGGAUCAGAAAACCAGAGAAAACCACUUUCCAAGAGGAUCACCUCAAGAGACGAGAAAAAAUAUGUUUCAGAAUGGCAGAGGAGCCACUGGUGAACCUGCUACUACUUGCAGAAUAUGCAAUGUUGUAUGUGAUAGCUUUGAAAAAUUCACCGCUCACCUCUCAGAUAUAAGGCAUAUAUCUCAGGCAGCCUUUGUAGGAAGUCACAGAGCUCCGGCCAGCGUUUCAGCCAAACCCAUACAGGAAGCAGUUCUUGUCGAACCUUUGUUGUGCAAAGUUUGCCAGAUCAGCUUUACCAACAAUGAUACAUAUAAAAAUCACACCUAUGGAAAAAGACACCGAAAAAACUUGGAACUGCAAUCUGAUAAGUCCAAAAACAUUUUGGUGGGACCAGCUGAUCCUUCCAAGGAGGUUCUAGAGAAACAUAAGAAGAAUAAGAAGGUGAUAAUUGAAGGUAGAGCCAAGGCAAACGCUGAUUUCGCUUGUCGUAUGUGUAAUGUGGUGUGCCAGAGUCAGAUUGUCUUUGAUUCUCAUCUGCGUGGUCAGAAGCAUGCCAACAUGCUGAGUCAAUCAGAGGCAACAUUGGAUCAGGCACUCAUUGUUUCUACAAAGCUUCAAGACAAAGGAGUCGGAGAAAAAGAACAACCAAGUGAAACAUUUAUAGAGCCUCAGUUGCAGUCUCAAAAGGCUCAAGAGAAUACCAAGAGUUGUCAGAAGCAGGUACUAGUUGAUUCUAAGAAGCUUCAAGAGAAAGGUGUUGAAGAAAAGGAUCAACCAAAAGAAAUAACUGCACAGUCUAAUGCCAGUGCUAAAUACGAUCAGGCACUCAUUGAUUCUAAGAAGCUUCAAGAGAAAGGAGUCGGAGAAAAAGAACAACCAAGAGAAACAAUUGUAGAGCCUCAGUUGCAGCCUCAAAACGCGCAAGAGAAUAGCAAUUGUUUCGAAAAGCAUGUUGUCAUGGUGAAUCAAUCAAAUGUACUCAUCAAUGCGAGGAAGCUUGAAGAGAAAGAUGUCCGCGAAGAAGCUCAACCAAUAGAAACAAUAGCAGAACCUCAGUCUCAGUCUCAAAACAGUCAAGAGCAUACCAAAAUCUUUGAGAAGCAAAACGAAGAGUUGAGAAAGAUUUGUGGCACUUCAGAAAGCAGUGUAAAAGAACUUUUUCAAAGUACUAAAGACUGGGUAGAGACUGUUAACAAACAGAUUCCAAAUGGAGAAUUUUUCUUUGGUGACCUAAGAUCUGGUUUUGAAGUACCCAGAGAAGCAAGUGAAUGUUUUGAUGGCAUUGUCAAGCCUGUGAACCUUUCCAAAGGAGCAACUGAGCAUUUAGGGGAGGCCGCCUUUGUAGCCAGCGAUGGUGCUCAGUCCAGCGUUUCAUCCAAACCUAUGAAGGAACCAGAGGGUUUGCAGCCUGUGUGGUGCCAAGUCUGCCAGAUCAGCUGCAACAGCAAGGUUGCAUAUGCAAGUCAUACCUAUGGGAAAAAACACAGACAGAUCUUGGAAAUGCUUUCAGCAAAGAACGAAAAUAUGUCUAAGGGACCAGCCAAGCUUUCUAAAGAUUAUGGAGAGAAAACGAAGAAUGUACCAAGCAAAAACCAAACAACCUUUGAUUCUCAACUGAAGAGUCAGAACCAUUCUGCCAUGGUCAAGGAGCCUGCAGAGGCACUUGUUAAUUCAAGGAGAACUGGACAAGAAUUCAACCAAGAAAAACCGAGAGAAGCACUGGAGCAGUUCAGUAUUGACUCAAGUACAAUCCUUGAAGAAACCGAUCAAGAAAAAGAAAUAACAGAGGAGCACACACUUGUAAAGAUGGAUGAUCUUGGGUUUCGAGGGGCACUAGAAGAUAAAGUGGAAUUGAAGGAGAGACAAGCCGUAUCUGAGAAUAUGGUGCAUCGUAUCUUCACUGAACAGAAUCGUGAGUCUAAUGAACCGAGAGGAUGUUUGGAUGUGAUUCCUGAGAGAGUAAAACUGCCACCAAAUGUGAAUGUGGCCAAGAAUUUGGAAGAUGAGCUGAAGCAUAAACCCGAACCAAAAGCACAGGAACCCGAAAACAAGACUGCAGGACGCAAGGAUCAUCCUGGAGAGGCUGCCAAAAGGGAAGAGAUUAAGGGCCAAGCUGAUAACUUUUGGACUCGCCUUUGGGGGAAAAAGGUUUAACAUAAUGUUAAUUCUAAGCCUGGAAUUUGAAUUGUUGGAAACUAUUAACAACUUGGUAAGUUAACUUUAGCAUGUUAAUUCAUGUUUAUGUUGUUAAGUGUCAACGAUGGAUGUUCUUUUAAAUGGCAGAUUUAUGUUUUAUUUUGUACUGGCUUUUACUUAUAUCUGGCUGAUGUUUCUUAAUUAUAUAAACUUACCUCAUAAAAAUGAUUCAAGAACAAUAAAAUGUAGACAUUCUA